UUAGAAUCACUGUGUUUAUUUUUUAGGGAGUUUUGGGAACGCGGUUCCACAGACGAUGAAAUGGACAAAAUGGAAGCUGGACAUUUAGAGACCAAAACUCUUUUGACAGACAGUAUGAAAAAGAGAAGACGCAAGUCCAGAGCAAUCCCUGAAGCAAACACCAACACCUCAAGUUCUGAUGAGGAUGAGAAUGCAAAACAGACCAGACAUACUAAGAGACCCAAACCCCAAAAAAAGAAACCACGACCGCAAUCGGGAGGGUUUACCAGUGAGGAUGGUAGCAGUGGAGAAUAUCAGACAGGUCUGUCUACUGUGGUUAAUCCCACCAAGGAAUGGAAGCAAAAGUCUGGUGGGUUUUAUGAGGAUAGCUUUGACACAGAUGAGAGUGGCCACUCUACAGUUGUUGACCUGGAAGAUUAUCUCAAGGACAAACUGAAGGAACAAAGGCGGCAAUCAUGUGGGUUUACCAAAGGAGAAACCAGCAUUGCUGCAAAUGAGAGUACUCUUUCUACUUUGUUUGGUUUGGAGAAUUACCUGAAGGAAAAGAUGAAGGAGGAGAAAGGACAGCUUUGUGACCUUGAGGAAGCAAACAGCAGCAUUGAAGAGGACUGGAAGUUUACCACUGUUGAACUUUACCUGGAUUAAACUUUACUGAUACAAGAGCUUGUUUGUUUUAACCUAAUAACUGUAUUUAACCUUUUUUUCCUUUUAUACUUUUGUAUUUCAAGAUUUACUACACCAGCACUAUUUAAAUCUACAAAGCUGCAAAAAAUGUUACUCUGUGUUUCUUUAAGACAAAUAAAUGAGUGGCACCAUUGAAUAGCCCUUACAAAUGUUUUUUUUGUAUUUUUUUAUCUUUUUUAUUUCUAAUAUACCUCUUUGCCACCAUAUUUAACCCUUUCAUCCCCAGAUUUUGUUGGUAAUUUCCUGUUCUGUCUGCCAUACAAUUCUUACAAUAUUAGUUGGGAGAAUUUG